UCUGUGCAAGCAGCCAUCUUGAGUACAGUCCGCUCUGGAAGAAGGAAUGAGAAUUAUAUCGACUGGAGUCGGUCAAGGAAAACCUCAACAUUAAACCAAGAAAACUCGACGAAAGAGACUAGCUACUUCUAACGGAUUUCUUUAGAUUAUUUAGUUUGUUCUCCUUUUCGUGAAUGCCACACGCCUUUUUGCGUUAUUUUCAUGUUGUGGACAAACAGAACGCUUGGAAUCCACACAGCCUUUGGUAGAAUCUCUGGCUAAUGUUUUCUCCGGCGUUAACUUUCCUUUGGAUUGAUCGCACGUGAUUUGGGAAAAGAGGAAUGUUGUUAGAAUGGAGCACGCUUCCUGGAACAAUUUUACAAGCAUGUAUCUUGGUCAUUAAGGUGUAAUUACACAAACUCUACUCAUUGCAUUGGAGCUAUAACUAGUGAGGUAACCAGUAAGCAAUUUUGGUAAUCAAAAACUUAUGCAAACCAUAGCAGUCCAGCUGAAAGGUUAUCGCUAGUUAGCUAUCUAGUCGGACAGUUGCAACAAAAUAACAGUUUGUGAUUAUUUUUGCUAGGAGCUACUCUAGGCAAUACAUUGGUUCUAAAAUGCGAAAAUGUUGCAUUAUUGUGUGCGGAAUGGAUACACCAUGCAGCAAGUGCACUAACCAGUAGCCAGACAAGCUAUUCGUCGGUGUAUUUUUUAUUUUUUUGCAGUAACUUUCUGCUGUAGUUAGAUCCAUUCAAGACAAGUUUUUUUUUUCUUUCCAUAUGAUGCAAGCCAUGUCACAUCCCACAAGAAUACAAUAAACACCAAGGACUCUGAUGUGGAUAUUUUAAUGCAAACGUUUCUGUGACCCUACUCCAUGUUGCUGGCAUUGCAGCUCUUUCAAUCAGGCAAUCAUCCGAUGCAUUUGCUGUAAAAAGGUACUCUGAUAGGUUGGACGCUAAUCCCUAGGAUUUGUGACACCGGGAUUUAAUCGAAAUAAAGGAUUUGACAUUUGAUUUGAAAAUGGGAGCAGCAACGAAACUGGCAUUCGGGGUCUUUCUCAUCUCAUUUUCCUCAGGGGCUAUCCUGGGCCGGUCAGAGACGCAGGAGUGUGUCCACUACAACUACAACCCCAACCCUGCUGCCAUCCAGGAGAACCGGGGUAACCGCAGUGGCAUCGAGACGUGUGCCGGGGAGAAGGACAAGCGGAGACACUGCUUUGCCACCUGGAGGAAUGUGUCGGGAACCGUAGAUAUCGUCAAGCAGGGCUGCUGGCUGGAUGAUACCAACUGCUAUGACAGAACUGAAUGUGUGGAGAUGAAGGAAAGUCCAGAUGUGUUCUUCUGCUGCUGUGAAGGAAACAUGUGCAACCAAAAGUUAUUCUACACCCCCGACAACACACAAGCUGUUCAGACAACGUCGAACCCGGUUACGCCGAAGCCUCCUCUCUUUACCACCCUGAUGUACUCGUUGGUGCCCAUCAUAGGCAUCACUGCAAUCAUCCUCUUCUCCUUCUGGAUGUACCGCAAUCACAAAUUGGCAUACCCGCCAGUCCUGGUGCCCACACAGCACGCCUUUCAUAUUAUGAUAGAGGACCCAGGGCCCAUGCCCCCUUCCCCCAUCCUGGGUCAGAAGCCAUUGCAGUUGAUUGAGAUCAAAGCCAGGGGGCGCUUCGGCUGCGUGUGGAAGGCUCAGCUACUCAAUGAUUAUGUGGCUGUCAAAAUCUUCCCCAUUCAGGACAAGCAGUCAUGGCACAAUGAGUAUGAAAUCUACAACCUGAGUGGGAUGAGGCAUGACAACCUUCUCCACUUCCUCGGAGCAGAGAAGAGGGGCACCAACAUGGACAUAGAGCUGUGGCUUAUCACAGCCUACCACGAGAAGGGCUCGUUGACAGACUAUCUGAAGGCCAACGUGUUGUCAUGGAACGAGCUGUGUCACAUAGCCCAGACCAUGUCCCGGGGCCUGGCUUACCUCCAUGAAGACAUUCCUGGUCUGAAGGAUGGACACAAGCCUGCCAUCGCCCACAGGGACAUCAAGAGUAAGAAUAUCCUUCUGAAGUCCAACCUGACGGCCUGCAUCGCUGACUUUGGCCUGGCCCAGAGGUUUGAGGCUGGGAAAUCAGCUGGGGACACGCACGGACAGGUGGGCACUCGGAGGUACAUGGCCCCUGAGGUCCUGGAGGGGGCGAUCAACUUCCAGCGGGACUCAUUCCUGAGGAUAGACAUGUAUGCUCUGGGACUGGUGCUGUGGGAGCUGGCCGCACGCUGCAAGGCUGCCGACGGCCCAGUGGAUGAGUACAUGCUGCCGUUUGAGGAGGAGAUCGGCCAGCACCCAUCCCUGGAGGACAUGCAGGAGGUAGUGGUCCACAAAAAGCUGAGGCCCACGCUCAGGGAGUGCUGGCAGAAACACGCGGGUCUGACCAUGCUGUGUGAGACAAUCGAGGAAUGCUGGGACCACGAGGCGGAGGCGCGCCUGUCGGCGGGGUGCGUAGAGGAGCGAGUGGUGCAGAUGCAGCGCCUCAACAACGUCACUGCGCCCGAGGAGAUUGUCACAGUUGUCACCAUGGUUACCAACGUGGACUACCCCCCUAAAGAGUCCAGCCUAUGACUAGGCGUAUGAGUUAACACAGGACAGGAGAACAGACCCCACAGAGACUCACCUCCCUGAGCAGAGGGUCAAAACUCGUUCCACAUCCGUCGCUGUGAUUGUACACAAGGUGGCGGCAAAAAUCACUCAGUGGACCUAGGUUCAUGGAGAACUAUCCAGGUCUGAAUUGGUUCCUAUUGCUUUUAGCUACAAGUGUGCCUAAAGACUUCCUCACGCCUGGGUCAUUUUAAAAUGGGAGGGGGUGAUGGGAAAACAAACUCAUCUAGAUCCCACACUGGACGCACCUUGACAAUGGACAAAGUCAUUUUAAAGUUGACCUUUUGGCUGAUAUUACAAUUUUUUUGUAAAAGAAAGGAAAACAUACUUCCUGGACUGACUUCAGUUUUUUCUCUAAGAAAAGGAGGAACAGGAGAGAAGAAGAAUCCCGACACAAACACAGUUAAUUUAAUUUCAGUAUAAAAAAGGGCAACUUGGUUUUUAAACACAUUUGCUCUUAUUGUUUCUAUGAAUGACUAUUGUAAUGCCAAUAAGAAACAGCUUCUGAAUGUCUGUGUAUCGCUGCUGUACAUAUAUCAACAGAGAGAGAAAAUAGCGUAAUCAAGGUUAUUUAUCCGGACCUGCCUCACAGCAUUUCUAUAAAAAUAACCAUCAACCUCUUGAGUCUCUUAACAAGGUAUACCUCAGUUUCACAUCAUACAAAUGAUGUUUUCCUUCAUAACACUAAAACCACUACAGGACAUCGACAUUCAGAUGACAUGUUUGGUAUUGAAGCUUUUUCAAAUGAUGGAGUAUGCCAACAAAAAUGGCCAUUCACAAAUCAGUGUUUUUUGCCUUGUUAAGUCCUUAGUUUGUGUAUUUUAUAUGUUGCCCCAGCUAUUCAAAUGUGACUGUAAGCGUUGUUGUUUUACCAACAUUUUUAGACCGUUUAAACAUGUUGAGAAGAAAAUCCCUGAAAAUAUGAAUACAUUAGAGAAAAAAUAUUUAAAAAGCAUUUCCCUUAUUAGAUUUGCAGUGUCCACAAAAUAUUUAAAACGCAUGUUUCCCCCCCCCCCCCUUUUCUUCUAUGUAAAAGUGUGUGACACUGGUGUCAGGUGUUCGAAACCCUCUAUUGAUUUUAAAAUGAAAUGUCUACAAACCGCUGUAACGGUAUUGCUCUUUCUCCCUGCCCUGGUUGUAGUAUUUUCUGUUUGUAGUCUGCUAUUUCCAUCAUAUUUCAAUACGUCUCAGGAAGCACACAUUACUCUAUGACCCCGUCCUCUCUGCUUUUAGGCGCUGACUGAUUCUCGUGCCAUUAUUUUGGAGACAUCUUAGUCAAGGGGUACCUACAUGAGGUCUUUACAGCUGGUGUGGUUUUCAGGUAGAUGUCCAUAUAGAGGGGUUAUUCAGAUCAUGUCAGGUGUUCUACAUUACUAAAGUAGCCAUCAUGAUCAAAUCUAUAUGUGUUCCCCUUCAAUCUUGUAUUCCCCAUCACUAACAGCAUGUCCACCACUUUGGCUAUGUGCUCCUUAGACAAGACAUAAAAAUAUUAAAAUGGCCAAUUGCAGCUUUCAGAUUCUAACCCGGAAUAUGUCAUGUUAGUAGUCCUAUUGUACUCAAAACAUUGGUGACUCAAUUAUAUGCUUCUCUCCAUCAGACAUAUUUUGUUAUAGCCUACCACAUAACAUUCAGGGAUAUAGUAACACUACGCUUUUACUCAGUUAACUGUAUGCAAUCAAAGUUGGGGCUGACAGUGGCUUCUUGCCAUGGCACCAACUUUCAAUCUCUAUGUAGCGUUUGUUUUUAAUAAUCAAUGAAAUCAGCUGUUUUUUGUUUAUUCUCUGACUAUAAACCCGCACAUCCUCUCUGGCAAUAACUGUAUGCCAUCUCAAUAGUACAAUGAUAUGUAAGUUAUGGAUUUAAAGUGGUCAUUGCAUCUGUAGGACUAAGCCUGUAGCUCGGAGGGUUUAUUAUUCUCUCACUCACUGACAUCUAUGCUACUCUUGCUAUUCCUCUCUAACCUGAGCCACUGAUUCAGGAGUGUAGAUAUGGGGAGCCAACAACAGAGCAAUCUUCAAAAGCAGGGGAGACAGAUUUGCAACUGCUGCCAUUUUGGUAUAUACUUACUGUAUUAUCUGUAGCACUGAUGCCAAGGAGGAAAGUCAAAUCCAAUCUUUAUGUUUCCUUAUUUUCCAUUCUUAAAAAAAAAAACACUGCUGCUGUGCAAAUGCUCCAUCUCACUAAACAGAUGCUCUCCCUCUGGCCUCAGAUGGUUUCUAUGUUUAUUUUAUGUAAAAAAUUUAAAAAAUAGUACAUUACUUGUUUCUAUGACACCAUUAUGUUUCUAUGGAGGCACAUUACAUUUAGCCUACAUUAUACCCCCUUAAAAGCCAAACCCCUCUGACAUUAGUAGAUGACUGGAUGGAAAAUGCACAGUAUGUACAUAUGAAUGUUGUUUUAGAUUGUGAUUUUAGCAUGAUGUUGUUUUAUAUGGUCUCAAGGCAAAAAAUGAAUAAAAAAUCCUUUCUAUUGUUAAUAAUAUUCACCCAAAAUAUUUUUGUUGUUUAUUUUAUAUGUAAUUGUAUUUUACAAUGGUUUUAUUAAUUUAUGUCAAGGCCCAGACAAUGCUAACUUCUCUUUCAGAAGAAGUAUUGUUAUUAUAUAUCUUUAUGCUAGUAAAGACUCCCUGGAUUGGCUCAUAAUUUACCUCAGACAGACAUCCUAGCUGUCACUCAACGUUCCCACAACAUUGAUCAGUGUUGAAGGCGAGUUGUAUGGUGCAACCAUAGACUUGUAUAAUUAACAAUGUUGUGGGAAUAUGACCUGAGAUUUGAUCAGCUAUGGUGUUUUUAUUUUCUAUGUUACGGUGACAUUACUUUGUCAUCACACAAUAGAAAUUGUGUCACUGUUAACUGAGGUUUGUGUUAUCUACCGAUAUUCUCACCAUAAGCAUAAAUGGCCAUCUUACAAUCAAAAUAAACAUGUCAUCUUUUCCUUUGUUUUGCAAGUAUUUAACAAACAGUUUCAGGGCUUGGUUGGAAGUGAUUGUUAAAUAUUGUACAGAAUAAAUUGUAUGCUAUUUCUCCCACUAAAAUAAAGUAUAGUGACUGCU